UCUUUCCCAUUUUUAAUAAUCCAAUAUCUGCUGGGCCCGACCUAAAUUGAGCUCAUCCGGGAGUAGACUGAAUUCGUCGUUCCGUUCAUCUUUCCGGCGGAUUACGAUGAAUCUCCGGCGACGUGUGCGGUGAAAUGGAGGAGAGAGGCAAAAGUUUGAUGGACAGAAGUACAGAACGGAAAAUGAGCUCCAAAGUGAGCCUCGGCGACAAUGGUAUCUCCCGUCGAUUCUUCUCCUUUUGUUAGUUCGUUCUAAUUUCUUCGAGAGACUUCUGAUUCUUGUAAUCCCAAAUACUGCAAUGUAUAAUCUGCGAAACGCCCAUUAGGGACUUCUUGUAAAAUGAUAAUUGUGUUAUAUAUUACAUUUCCCUCAUGGAUGUAGACCUUGAGCUGCCUUCCAGUGAUCAAGAAAGGUUAGACAUCAUUGUGGGUAAAAAUGAUGGGAUGGAUGUGGAUCAGACACAUAGUGAGGGAGAGGAUGGAAAUUCUCCUACAAGGGAUGAGCACAGUGAGGAAAUGUCUAUGCCAAACACCGAAACUAGUAGUGGUCAGGAUCAAAUGGACAUCAUCAAUGUUGAAACAGAUAUUAUUAGCAUGGGGCCAACCUCUGAACCGAAAAAAGGUUUGGAGUUUGAGUCAAAGGAAGAAGCGUAUUCUUUUUAUAGAGAAUAUGCUAGAUCUGUGGGAUUUGGCAUCACAAUAAAAGCAAGCAGGCGUUCAAAAAAAUCUGGAAAGUUUAUUGACAUUAAAAUUGCAUGCUCUAGAUUUGGAAGCAAGCGAGAGUCUACUACGACCGUCAACCCUAGACCAUGUACAAAGACGGGUUGCAAUGCUAGCAUGCACAUCAAGAAGAGGCAAGAUGGAAAAUGGUUUGUACAUGGUUUUAUAAGAGAGCAUAACCAUGAGAUUUGUCCUGAUGAUUUCCAUUAUGCCUUUAAAGGAAGGAAUAAAAAACCGAGUAUUGUCAUUUCUGAGAAGAAAGGUUUGCAAUUGGCUUUAGAUGAGGGAGAUGUCCAAUUGAUGCUAGAACAUUUUAUGCAUAUGCAAGAAUUAAAUCCCAAUUUCUUCUAUGCCCUGGAUUUCAAUCAAGAAAAACAAUUGAGAAGUGUUUUGUGGGUUGAUGCGAAAGGUAGGCAUGAGUACAAGUAUUUCAGUGAUGUGAUCUUAUUUGAUAUUCAUUACAUAAGCAAUGGGUACAAAAUUCCUUUUGUUCCUAUUGUUGGAGUUAAUCAUCAUUUUCAAUAUAUCUUGUUUGGAGGUGCACUGAUUGGGGAUACGGAUACUUCAAGUUUUAUUUGGUUAAUGAAGACAUGGCUCAAAGCAGUGGGUGGGUCAGCUCCUAGAGUGGUCUUGACUGAUCAAGAACAAUUUUUGAAAGAAGCUGUUGCAGAUGUAUUUCCCAACACACUCCAUUUUUUCUCUCUGUGGCAUAUGUUGAGAAGGGUUCCUGGAAAGCUAGGAAAGAUUAUUGAUCAGAAUGACGAUUUUAUAGAAAGCCUUAAUAAGUGCAUUUAUAGAUCUUGGACGGAUGAAGAAUUUGAAACAAGAUGGUGGGAAAUGAUAGACAAAUUUGAACUAAGGGAGGAUGUAUGGCUUCAAUUGUUGUUUGAUGAUCGUAAGAAGUGGGUGCCAACAUAUGUGAGGAAUUGUUUUUUAGGCGGAAUGUCUACAGUUGGGCGACCGGGAAGUGUAACCUCAUCUCUUGACAAGUAUAUAUGUAAAGAAACCACAUUCAAGGAGUUCAUUGAGCAUUCUGAGGUAUUUUCCAAGAACAUGCUCGAGUUGGAAGCUAAUGCUGAUUUUGAAACUCGGCACCAAGAACCAGCCUUAAAGUCUCUCUCUCCUUUCGAGAAACAAAUGGCCACGAUCUACACGACUGCGAUAUUUAAGAAAUUCCAGUUGGAGGUAUUGGGAGCAGCUUCAUGUCAAGUGCAGAAACAAAUAGAAGAUGGAGCUAUUGUAACAUACCAGGUUUAUGAUCUGGAAGACAGCCAGGAUUUCCUGGUAGCUUGGAAUAUGACAGAAUUGGAUAUAUGUUGUUUAUGCCAUUCUUUUGAGUAUAGAGGCAUUCUUUGCAGACACGCUAUCCUUGUUCUUCAAGUCUCCGGAGUAACUAGUUUCCCACGCAAAUAUAUCUUGAAACGUUGGACAAGAAGUGCAAAGAUCGGGCCGAGCGAAACGUCAAACCAACUUCAUUACCGAGUGCAGCGUUUCAACAACCUCUGCAAACAAGCCAUUAAACUGGGUGAACAAGGAUCUCUAUCUCAAGAAACCUAUGACAUUGCAUCUGAGGCAUUAGAGGAAGUACUGAAACAAUGUGUUUUUGUGAAUAAUUCUACCAAGAGCUCUGCAGAAACAAAUACCUUGGUUUCUGUUGGUUUUGUUGAUGUGGAAGAAGAUGAACAUGGCAAAAAUAUGGCCAAGUCAUCUAGGAAAAAGAAAACGAGUAAAAAAGGCAAGAUAACCAAGCGGGCACGGGUCAAAUCAUCGGAGGUGGAAGUGGACUCGAGAGCCGCUGCACUUGAUGGCUGCCAUAGUUGCCAAGAAAAUAUGCUAGGAUCGGGUCUGUCGAACUCAAAUUCUCCUUUCUGUGAUGGACCUGAAGGUUAUUAUAGUCAUCAGGCUAUGCAGAGUUUGGAUCAAUCUCCUUCAGUCGUAGCUCAUGUUGGUCUGCAUAGCGACGGCCAGACUAUGCAGUCCCAGGGACAGCUUAAUUUGGAUGUGCAACGGCGUCUUGACAUUGAAGAUAAUCGGCAAGAUAUGGAACAGCCUGAUGAUGCCUUGUCCCAGACUCACAUUAACAACUCAUCAGGAAGAACAAGACAACCUUAACAUAUGUAAAAAACCCAGUUCUCAGUUGUAGGAAAGUUUUAUGGGCAAAGCAUAUGAAAUUUGUAAAUAUUUAAUCAAUUUGAUUUAUUCUUGAUGAAUGUAAAAGUAAGUUUUUAAAAGAUUAAUGAAAGGUUGUACUUUUUUUUUUCCUAGUACAAGGUUGUUUUUAUUCUAGUACAAGGUUGUACUAUAAUUUGUGGUUAUUACUU